AUGUAUUCGUCUGGUUUUCCGCAAUAUGUGCCGGAAACCAGCUUGGACAAUGAGCCUCUCAAUUAUAACCUCUUUGAUACUCAGAAAAUGCCCGGUCUUCGGAUUCCUCCCUAUAGACCCACACAAAUGGCAACUGAAGAAUUCGUUAAUCGAUGGCAAGACAUACAAGGGGACUCCCCCAGCUUAGGCCAAGGCGCUCGGAUGUCUCAAGAUGUCCAUUUUGAAAACAGUCUCCAGAAAUCAGGAAACAGCCGGCCUCAGGAUAGAACCCCCUCCGUGGGAUCCGGAGACAACAUAACACUUGGCGAGUUGCGUCUGGUAAAAAACAAAUACGACCAAAUAGACCUGCAGAUGAAGGAGCUCACGGAGGGCUUGAGGCAGCUCGCUGUUCAAUCGGCCAGAGUUGAUAAUCUUGCAGAGCGUGUUCGUCAUCUGGAAAGCCUUCCUGUCCAGGUAGAGAGCCUUCGGGAAAGCAACAAGCGCAUGGAAAGAAAACUACACGAAUGCUGCAAAGAGAUGGACAACGAGGUAAAGCGAAUUAACCGUGUGGCUGACACGUAUGAAUACAUCGACAGAAAAUUCCAUGGCCUACUUUGCCGCCUAUCGAGGCGACGCAGUGCCGAUGAUUGUCGCGUAUUAGAGGUUGGAGACGAGGCAUAA